GCAUCGCCGUGCCGCGCGGACAGAGGCGAGCGGACUUGCUGCUGUUGUCUCAAGAAGAAAAAGAAGAAGAAGAAGAAGAAGAGACGGGGCUUGAGAAUAUGACCGAGACGGGUCCCCGGCCCCCGGACUCGGCUUUCCUCGCCCACCACGAUGUGCCGCGCCAUGUACCCUCGCAACCAUCGUUGCGAUCCCAAUCCCAGAUUGCCUCGGUGCCUUCGCAGACGGGAGGGGCCAGCAGCAGCGGAACGGGAUUCGCGGGGGAAACAAUGAAUAUAACCAUGAACACGAAUCAUAACAACGAAGUGGCGGAGGAGCUCGCCUGGGGGCCCGCCCAUCCGUGUUAUCCGCAUCACAACCCACACGUCUCGGUCGAGUCGGACGAGUACGAGAGCACGCGGAUCAUCCGCAUUCGGCGCGACUGGAUGGUCUGCGGCGACCUGGCGCCCACCUUUUCCAACCUCUACCCGGAGAUCCUGGACCCGCUGCUGCCGGAGCAGGAGUUCCGCCGCAUCAUCGCCACCGUGAACGAGCAGCUUGUCCGUGCCUUUGACCCCUUCACACCCGGGACCUGGAUCGAUGGCGCGCUGGGCCUGCUCACCGGCUGGCUGUGGGAGGACGCGGGCGCCGCCCGCGUCAAACGCAACCUAGGCUCCGUCGAGGCGUGGCUGGAGCGCUGGAACCGCGACGUCGGCUCCAAAGACGGCGUGCGCAUCUGGAGUCUACGGCGAACGGCCUACCUCUCGCUCGAUAUCCAGAUCCCGGACCCGAAAGUGGGCAUCAUUCAGAGCGAGGGGGGGGUCUCCCUACCGGGCACGCGGCCUAGUAGUAUGGCGAGAUAACCCUCCAUUACCUUUUAACUCUAUUGACUUACC